GUGCAGAUCGAGGAGCGAAGCCUGCCCCACCCAGGCGCGGAGCUGCGGUCCACCCUGGACUCGCUGUCCAGGACCUUCGACCUGCCGUGGUACGGGCUCCUCGAGCGGUCGUCCGCGCUUGUGGUCGACCGCCCGACCCUCGAGGACAAGCAGUCCGAGGCCACGUCCCUGAUGCAGCUGCCGGCCAGUGGCGCCCCCCAGGCCGUUAGCGGCAGGCACAACCCGUGGGACGAGGUCCUCAACAAGCAGGGGUACGGCAUGCUGCGCCCCACCACCCAGCUGCAACCAAGCGUCUGGUCCGUCUCGCUCGUCUUCCUGGUCCUCGCGCUGCUGGUGCUCCUCGCCGCAGGCGCGGUGGUCAUCCCGAUGCCCUCGAACUCCAAGGCCGAGCACUUGCAGGUCAAUGGCUACCGCAAGCUGAGUGGCCGCUGGAGGUCGCAGUUCGUC